UUCAAAGGCGCGAGCUCCUCCAAUACAGUUAGCAUUUAAAUGUCUGAAGGAAGAUGUGAGUUUUGAGUGAAGCUUUGAAGUGGUCCAGGUUGUCAAUUUCGCGAAUAGAUGAUGGGAGGGAAUUUCACAGGCGAGGAGCAAUAGAGGAAAAUGCCCGGUCUCCAUAUCCCUUGAGAUGAGUAAUGGGCAUCUGGAGAGUAAGGCCAGAUGAGCGAAGUCCAGGGCGAAGAUGACGCUAUAUAUGACAAUAUUUGGGGUCGAUUAUGAGUACAAGUGCUAUCUCCGAACUAGUCUAUUGAAGCACUUCCUGGUUUACCAAUGUUCUAGAUAGAUAGGAUAUCAGGAUCAGCCGGUCCAUCACCGCGUGUAGUUACAAUACACAACUAAACAAGCAAUGUAAGGACGUAUUGCAGGUACCUUUACCUCAGGAGAUUGUUUUCGAACUGAGGCUAUUAGUCCUUUAAAAAUAAAGAUGGCUUGGACGUGCUGUAGAAAUAUUUUGAUAGCCGUUGCUUGGUCAAUUUUCACGUCACUCGGCAUUCAAACUACAUUCGCUUUGGACCAAGAAAGACCCAACGUGUUGUUCAUUGUAAUAGAUGACCUACGACCAUCACUUGGAUGCUAUGGGGGUCCCAUCAUAUCACCGAACAUCGACCAACUUGCAGCUCAAUCUGCUGUCUUUACCAACGCUAUGGUGCAGCAAUCUCUGUGUGCCCCAAGCCGCACGUCAUUCCUGACGGGACGGCGCCCCGAUACCACCAAGCUCUAUGACUUCUACUCUUACUGGAGAGAAGCAGCAGGAAACUACACCACCUUACCUCAACACUUCAAAGAGAAUGGAUACUUUACUGCUUCAGUUGGCAAGGUCUUCCAUCCAGGGAACAGUAGUGGUGGCAACGACGAUUACCCGUACAGCUGGUCAGUGCCUGCCUACCAUCCCUCAACCGAUCAAUUUAUAUAUGCAAAGGUGUGUCCCAAUCUGGACGGCAAACUGGGAGACAAUGUGAUGUGCCCUGUAGAUGUGGAUAAGAUGCCAGAGGGAACUCUUCCAGAUCUUCAGGCCUUCGAACGAGCUGCAGAAAUCCUCCGAAAUCUGUCGUCUGCCAAAGCUACCGGGGCGGAGAAAACGCACUUGCAUGAAAGAUUUGAAGAUGGGAAAAGCAGCCUUACUAACGCUUCGUCACCUCCCUUCUUUCUGGCGGUCGGCUACCGGAAGCCUCACGUUCCAUGGAAAUACCCGAAGGAGUACGAAUCCUUGUACCCCCUUAGCUCGGUAGAAAUCGCCUCUAAUCCGACCAUGCCCGAGGAAAUGCCGAGUGCGGCAUGGGAAGUGUUCGGAAGGUUGAGAAAGCAUUCGGACCUCAGACCAUUAAAGCUACCCUUGCCAUACGGUACCAUUCCGCUGAACUACCAUGGACCUAUGCGUCAAAACUACUACGCGGCGUCCACCUUUAUGGACCACCAAGUAGGUCGUUUGCUUAACGUUCUGGAAGAGUCUGGGUUUGCUAAUAACACCAUCAUCGUUUUGGUUGGUGACCAUGGAUGGCAGCUGGGUGAACAUGGAGAGUGGUGCAAGUUCUCAAACUUUGAACUGGCGACAAGAGCACCACUCCUCGUCCACGUUCCUGGUGUGACUGACACGCGCUGGAUGGCCGCCGACAAAUUCGAACUCCUUGAUCCUCUGCUGCUGACGAAAAAAGACGCGGUUGAAAAGAAGCAGAUGAAUAUCAAACUGCAGAGAUACCUACAUAAAAACGCCAUCAGAGAAGUGGAAAUACUCGAUGAGCAAGAACGUUAUGAAUUUAUCAAAGACUACAGCGAUUUGGAACAAAAUAAUGGCAUCCAUGUGGAUGAUUUUGUGGAGUUUGUCGACAUCUUCCCUACUCUUUCUGAUCUAGCUAACAUCAGCAUUCCUCCAAUAUGUCCGCCGAAAUCCUUCAACGUUGACUUUUGCGCAGAAGGUGUUAGUUUCGCCCCCCUGAUAACAAACAAGAUGACUUCGACACGUGGCGAUAUAUCAGGCGGUAAUUCCAACCGCGUCACAAACUUCACGCGGUGGAAAAAUGCGACCUUCAGCCAGUACCCACGGCCAAGUAUCGUUCCAACGGGCGAGAGUUCGGACGUCCCUCAUCUAGCUAACAUCACCAUCAUGGGGUACUCCAUGCGGACGAGAGAUUACCACUAUACCGAAUGGAUAGGCUUCAAUCACACAACCUUUGAAGGGAAUUGGUCGGACGUCGGAGCGAGGGAACUCUAUAUUAACGCCCUCGAUCCGGAUCAAAAUCAAAACGUUGCAGGAUAUAUCAAGUAUGGAACUCUUGUGAAAGAUCUGAGCCAACGCCUGCAGAGGGGAUGGCGCGACUGCUUACCAAACUAGACAGGACCCCCCAUAUUUGUAUCGAUCUAUAACGUCUUGUUAAGUUUUUUUUUCUUUCUCUCUUCCGUGUAUGCAGAUCGACUAAAAGAUAGGUUAGGAUCACUAAAUAGGUUUUGAUGUAACCGUAUUUUUUUUAAUAUUCACCCUUCUGUGCCACCCCGUUUUUGAGCAUUCAUGAGAAAAGAACUAUUAAAAGUUGCAUAAUUUACUUAACGUCAUAUAUUUGUUUCAUUGGCAAACUGGAAAUACAUGACUAUAGGGAUUAGAGGUCACUCUAGAUGAACCUGUUCCUGGGAGAAAAUAAUUAUCUUAUCAUUGAUUCGUAUCAUCACUACAACUUUUUUGUAAUACCAUGAAGGGUUGGUGCCUAGACAUAACCCUCGAGGUCAUUUAUAUGCCUAUUCUGUUUCCUCUCUUUCUUUUUUACAUUCAUAAUUAUAACUUUAUCAAAUAUUUGUACAUUUCUAUGUAUUUCUUCAAGUGUUUGUAUUUGCAUUUUCUGUUUGAAUCAUAUUUACAAUGGAAAUGAACAGAACUGGAGAAUUUCUUUUGUUACGAUAGCUGAUCCGAGUCGAAAGAAAAUGUUCAUCACUAAGUUAACUUUCUUUUAAUUUGCACCCCCCCCCCCCCCUCCGUGACAUCUAAGGUUGAUUUCCGUUGCCAAAUAUAGUCAAUAAAAGGAAGGUAUAUUAAAAUCAGUACUCAACUUUUUUUCAAUGGAAUCUUUUUGUCUGCAAGAAGAUCAAUUCUGCAAUAUACUAUAGUAUACUUUUGUAUUGUAAUUUUGUAUUUGAAACAAAAAUAUAUAUCAUUGUUAAUGCUAAAUAUAUAACUCAU